CAUAUAGACAACAGUUCUAGACUCACGCUGCUAGCGUUACAGCUGGUUAGUUUCUGAAUAUGUCUAAGAAUAAGCAGACAGCUGGACAUAAAGGGGCCUACAGCUCACAGAAGAAGAAGGAAGGCGAGGGAAGGAGCUGUAUACGGUACAGAUGUGGCCUGACCAACACCAUUCAGGACGUCCUAAACCAAAGACCAGGCUGGGUAGAGGUGAAAGAUGAUGGCGAUUGGGACUUUAACUGGUGUGAUGUUGGGUGGCUGAGAGAGAACUUUGAUCACUCGUACAUGGAGGAACAUGUGCGGAUAAGUCACUUCCGCAACCACUACGAGCUGACCCGUAAGAACCUGAUGGUAAAAAACCUGAAGAGAUAUAGGAAAACUUUAGAGCGGGAGGCUGGGCGUUUAGAGGCUUCCAAAUGUGACUUUUUCCCCUGUACGUUUGUGCUGCCCAGUGAGUAUCACAUCUUUGUAGAAGAGUUCAAGAGAAGCCCAGGGAGCACCUGGAUCAUGAAGCCUGUGGCACGAUCACAGGGGAAAGGAAUUUUUCUGUUUCGCAAACUCAAAGAUAUCAUAGACUGGAGGAAGGAUGGGACACGCUCUGAAGAACAGAAAGACGAGGCUCAAGUUGAGAGCUAUGUCGCUCAGCGCUACAUUGAGAAUCCCUACCUCAUAGCUGGGAGAAAAUUUGACUUGAGAGUCUAUGUUCUUGUCACAUCAUAUAUUCCAUUGAAGGCCUGGCUGUAUCGUGAUGGUUUUGCCCGAUUUUCCAACACCAGGUUCUCUCUUAGCAGCAUAGAUGAUCAGUAUGUUCAUCUCACUAAUGUUGCAGUGCAAAAAACAUCUCCUGAUUAUGAUCCGGAGAAGGGUUGUAAGUGGCAGAUGCAGCAGCUACGGCGGUACCUGACCGCUAAGCAUGGUUUCGAGACAGUGCAGACUCUAUAUAAAGAAAUUGACAACAUAUUUAUUCGCAGCCUGCUUAGUGUUCAGAAGACCAUCAUCAAUGACAAACACUGUUUUGAGUUGUACGGAUAUGACAUACUACUGGACCAGGAUUUGAAGCCGUGGCUGAUUGAAGUGAACGCUUCACCCUCCCUCACAGCCAGCAGUCAGGAGGACUAUGACCUAAAAUACAGACUGCUGGAGGACACCCUCCACAUUGUAGACAUGGAAGACCGUCUGACAGGCAAGGAGAAGAGGGUUGGUGGAUUUGACUUAAUGUGGAACGAUGGACCUGUCCACACGGAUGUCGGACUAGAGACUCUGGGAAGUUCUUGCCUCGUGGCAAAUACACAUCUCGGUCAGUGUCUUACAUUGCCUCAAAGGAGCAAUUUAGUAUUACAUCACUUGCUCAUCAGUGGAUCCUCAGUGGUGAAUGGGUGCCGUCAGAAUGAGGGUCCAAACAGCUGAUAAAAACAUCACAAUAAUCCGCAAGUAAACCAUACCACUCCAGCCCAUGAAUUCAUUUCUUGUGAAGUGAAAAGCUGCUUGUUUGUAAUAAACACAAUUCACUGAUAGACAUUUUAAUAUUAAACCGUAACUUCCAGAUUAAGAGGAGACAACUUUUUCAUUGGAGAAAGCAUUAUUAUGGAUAGAGGACUUUUAUUUAAAAGUAUUUGUGCAAAGUGUCACAUUACAUAUUAUAGAAGGAUUUACUAUCAUCUCCAAAUCAUUUUUUUUUUUUGCUU